AAGAACUGUUCGUGGAAAUCACGGUGGGCGAAAGUGUGUUGCCAGUUGUUGUGUGGUGCGUUUAUGUCAACUCGUCGAGACCGGCCGACGUCGACGGUCACGAGUGGUUGUUUCCGACGGCACGCCGACGACAACCUGGCGGUUCCUCCGUUCAAAUGAAGCUGAGGCGUCGCUACAUGCAGACGCUCGGCGUCUCCGUGAAACAGCUGCGCAGGAAAUUACUCGAGCUGGGCGCGCGAAUCCUCCACGUCCAGGGGUCGAAACCGCGCGACAUGGCACUAGUGAUGCUGUCGGUGAGCCAAGGAAUGGAGGUCGGCAGCAGCGGACGAGGUGCAUCGGCGGAAGAUGACCCAACCGCUGGUGCGGUCAGCGGUGGAGUCGGUGGCGGCGGCGGUGGCGAUGGCGACGAUACCAGAAGACGUCGAGAUAUACAAGCGGUGAUGAUCGCCGCGGCGAGGGAUCGCGCGAUCCGCACGGAGAGUGUCCGGCAUGAUCUUGCUCUCAAUCUACCGCCGAGACUCGAGCUCCCGGACGGCGAGGAGCACCCGUACGGGGCGCACCCGGAUCUUCACCUUCGCAACCCAGAACAGGAGAGCGAAAUUUAUCAGAAAUGCGUGCGAGCGCCGCCGAAUCGCACUGUGUUCGAUAGCGAGAGUCCGCCGCCUUAUCGGACGCCAAGUAGCAGCCAGCAUCUCCACCCGGGAUUGCUCGAUGUGCCUGGCGACCGGGUGACGCGGAGUCAGAGUCCCAGCAGCAGCAAUUUAUUGUUGAAUACCGCACGCUCGAUGUUCAAGAUGUUCCCGAGCCAUACGACGCCAUCGUCGACGUCGAUGCCGGUCAACAAACCGCCCUUUUCCAGUUAUUCCGAGUCCAGUAGUAACGUGAGCAGUAAUCUGAGCAGUAGCAAUCUGUCCAACAUCACCGUGGUGCCCUGCGAAACCGACGAAAGCCGGCAAGAGCAGCAGCAACAGCAACAGCAACCCCAGCAGCAGCAAUUCCAUCAGAAGGUCUGAUCCGCGGCGUCCUCCUUCCUUGACGCCGUUGUCGUCAUUGUCGCAGCUGCAUCGUCCGACCUCGAGAAUGAACGAUGGUUCUCAAGAUCGUUCUGCGCGACUGCAACGACAACAACGACGCCUUUCAAGACUGACUCACGGGAGAAGCUUCAACAUAGGAUAAAUUCCAUUGGUCAUGUUCCAUCGUGUUCAACAACGUGUAUUACAUAUACGCGAGAGAAUAUAAUAUCCUCCCGACCGGUGGUAUCCUCGUUGAAUCAUUCUUCCGGCGUUCUUCUAUAAUGAGAGAGAGAGAGAGAGAAAGAGAGAGAGAGAGAAAGAGAGAGAAAGAGAGAGAGAAAGAAAGAGAGAGAGAAAGGGUCGUCCGUUCGUGGCCUAAAGGAGGAUCGGCGGAAAUGUAAAAAAAGCCGGCUCCUGGUAAUGACUGAAAAGUCAAAUCAGUCAUCAAGACUGCGCUCAAUCGCCGUGCGUUGGUUCGCGCCUGUCCUCUUUUUUUUUCGACCAGGAGAAUCGAUGCGCCGUCGCCGCCGCCGUUGUUGACGCGUCUCAUUGUGCAAUUCCACACGCGGCCAGUGUCUAGCCUAGAUCUCAGAUUAUUUCAAAGCGGUAGCAUGAGGAUUGUGAUUGCGUCGGACGUGAAGAGAAUGGAAAGCGAGUAGAAUGGACGGAGCGAUCGAAGCUCGGCGUGGAAAAUAGCGUUACCAACGCGCGACGUGAAGUGAUGGCCUACCCUGGAACGAGGGACUUCCUAUCCGGGGGAAUUAGACGGCGAAAAGCUUCACUUCGAAGAGAAACGGAUGCGAGGUUCGUGACUCGCACGAUACCAAUUCCACAACGAAGCAGAAUCGCCGGUCACCCUCUUCCAGCUCUCGAUCGGAGGCUCGAUCGUCGGACAUCGCGGAAGUUUGUUCAUCGCGACGAAGACUUAGUAAAUUAUUUAUUAUCGAUAUAACAUUUUAUUCGCGACGGGCGGCUGCUGCGCGACGGCUGGACGGGGCAAGUGUGGUUUCACGCGAUAGUGGUUGUGGAAAAAAAAAAAAGAAAAAACGGACGAACGGGACACGAGUUGUAUGAGCGAAUUCGUUCGGUUGCGUGAGUGCGAGACCAGACGUGCGUAUGAGUAUAAAUGCAAGCGCGCGUGUGCGGAACGAGUAGAACGAAAGACGCGCAAGAGGCGCAGCUAAUUGCAGGGUCGAGAGGGGAAAAAGAAGGAAAAAAAAAGACAAAGAGCGGGACCCGCGCGCGCGCGCUCGCGCGUGUUUGUGUAUGCAUGUGAGGAGUUGCGUAGGGGAAUAAUGUAGUGCCAAGAGUGAAAACGGGAACUCUGUACAUAUUAGGCUAGGUAGUUCAAUAUCAAUAUACUUAUUACGACUAAAAAAACGAUAUGCUACAUACCGAUUUAAAAG